AUGCCAACUAAGUUCCUUACUCCUCCCUUGUUGUACUCGCCCUCCCCCCCACGUACGCACAAAACCAAGGUUCUAAAACUUGAUCAAUUGCUGGCCGCAAAAGCUGGAUUCCAACGCCUCUGGCAAGUGACCGGUCAGACGUAUCCACGGAAACUGGAUACGGAGAUCGUGAAUGUGUUGUCCAGUCUCGGUGCGAGUAUACACAAAAUUUGUACGGACAUUCGGCUGUUGGCCAGUUUCAAAGAAGUCGAGGAACCGUUUGAAACUUCUCAGGUACGUUGUGCUUCCAUUGUUAGUCGUGUGGGCUUCUGGCUACCCUACUAA